CAAAUGUAAUUUGCCCAAUUUUUAUUUAAAAAUAAUUUAGGUAAACCUUAGAUAGAGGGAUUGGUGCUUUGGAGCUAUAAAUUCAUCUUCCUCCCCCUCUCUCACUUUCUGAGAUGGAAAAGAAACUUGUCAAGUACUGUGUGGUCGAUGCGUUCACGGACUCGCCGUUCAAGGGAAACCCGGCGGCGAUUUGUUUGUUGGAGGAAGAGAGAGACGAUGAGUGGUUGCAAGCUGUUGCUACUGAGUUCAACCUUUCUGAAACCUGUUACUUGACUCGGAUCACUGACUCCGACUCGGAGACUCAAGACUCGUCCCACUCAACCUCAAACCCUCGGUUCCGCCUCAGAUGGUUCACUCCAGUUGCCGAGGUUCAACUUUGUGGUCAUGCAACUUUGGCAGCUGCACACUUUCUGUUCACUUCUGGUUUGGUAAAUGCCAACAAAAUCGAGUUUCUGACACUGUCAGGAGUUUUGACUGCUAAAAGAGUUCCAGAAUCACAAGAUUGCUUCUUAAUUGAGUUGGAUUUUCCGGUAGUUCCACUGGUUGAUUUUGACUCUGUUGAGGUUUCAUCAGUUUCUAAAGCCUUGAGUGGUGCUUCUGUGAUUGACUUAAAGAUGACAACUACUGAGAAAGACCUCUUUGUUGUGCUCCCAUCGGGAAACGCUGUUGCAGAUCUACAGCCCCAAUUUGAUGAAAUACAACGAUGUCCUGGACUCGGAGUAAUUAUUACAGGGCUUGCUCCCCCUGGAUCUGGGUUUGACUUUUUUAGUCGCUGCUUCUUUCCAAAAUUGGGGAUAAAGGAGGAUCCUGUUACCGGGAGUGCACAUUGUGCCCUAGCAGGCUAUUGGUCUAAAAAGCUGGGGAAAUAUGAUUUUGUUGCAUAUCAGGCAUCCCCUCGAGGUGGCAUACUGAACCUCCAUUUUGAUGAAAAGAGUCAGAGAGUACUACUUCGAGGUAAAGCUGUCACUGUAAUGGAUGGUUCUCUUUUGGUUUAACUAGGAAUUAUCCGUCUUUGCUUGUAUGAAUCAAUUGAAAUAAAAAGCUGUUAUUGUUUGGAAGGUUCGCUUUUUACUCCUUGUACUAGACAUGAAUGUACGAAAUGUAUUUCCUUUUGUAUCUCUGCUAAGAAUUUCACUCAGCUUAUAAUUCUGUUAUGGAAAUUCUCUAUUUUCCUUGUUACUAA